UAAUCAGCUUAUACAAAAAAGGAGCGAACAAUUCAACCAUCGCGAAUCGCAAUCGCGAAUUUUGAGAUUUCGGGAGCUUCGAUUGAUUUGGGAUUUUAGGGUUUUCUUUCUCAGAAGACGACUCCGAGAGACCAACAGGUGAUUUGACAAUGACGCUACCUCCAGGACUUUACUCCGGCACCAGCUCUCUUGCUCUGGUAGCUCGUGCUUCGGCUUUUGGCUUGGGUCUCGUCUACGGGAACAUGAAGCUCAAGGUCCUUAAGAUCAAAUCGAUGUCACAGAAGACGGUUGAAGCCACCACUCAUCAUUAAACCACUCUUCUCUCUUUACAAUAAGAUGCCAAAAGCUGGGGGUGAUGUCUCCCCGGUUAGUUUUUCUUCUUUUCAUGAUUCAUCUUUUAGCAUAGGAAGGAACAAAUGUGUUGAAAAGUUUCUUAUACGGUUUUAAGACCUUUUUGGUGCCAAACUUGCCUCUGCUUUAAAACCCGAGUUAAGAACAUCUUUCUUUUGUUGUUGUCAUCCAAUAACACCAUUCACAUUUACCUCUUAACCAGAUUCUUUAUACCACUAA